CAACUAACAGUCCCGAGAUGGCUCAAGGCUCCUCCGAGCAAAUUGUGUCUGGGGGCGGCGAGUCGGAGGAGACUUCCCCCAAUAUGCUCGUGUACCGAAAGAUAGAAAACAUCAUCAUACGGAUGCAGGAUGAAAAAGCAGGUGGAGUUCCUAUUCGAACAGUGAAGAGCUUUCUGUCAAAGAUUCCCAGUGUCAUCACAGGUGCAGACAUCGUACAGUGGUUGAUGAAGAGCCUGAAUAUUGAAGACCCAGGUGAAGCAAUACACUUUGGGAGCCUCAUUUCUGCUCAAGGAUAUGUGUUUCCUAUCUCCGACCACGUUCUGACAUUGAAAGAUGAUGGGACGUUUUACAGGUUUCAGGCUCCAUAUUUUUGGCCAUCGAACUGUUGGGAGCCAGAAAACACAGACUAUGCCAUCUACCUGUGUAAGCGGACAAUGCAGAAUAAAGCGAGAUUGGAGCUUGCUGAUUAUGAAGCCGAAAAUUUGGCCAGGUUGCAAAGAGCAUUUGCAAGAAAGUGGGAGUUCAUCUUUAUGCAAGCAGAGGCCCAAAUAAAAAUUGACAGAAAGAAGGAUAAAACGGAACGUAAGAUCCUAGACAGUCAAGAAAGAGCAUUCUGGGAUGUCCACCGGCCCGUUCCUGGCUGUGUGAACACUACAGAAAUGGACAUCAGGAAAUGCCGCAGGAUGAAAAAUCCGAACAGUGUAAAGAAGUCAGUGUAUGGGAUUUCUGAAGAUUCACAGACACACAGUCCUGUACAUACAGUUGCACAAACAGCUAAGAAGCCUGCGAAAGAUGAUCUGAAGAAACAGAUAACAUUUUUAAAUAUCCAGCUAGAAAGACAUUGUUUAAAAAUGUCUAAAGUAGCUGAAAGUUUAGUCAGUUACACUGAGCAGUAUUUGGACUAUGAUCCCCUCCUGACUCCUCAAGAUCCUCCAAACCCUUGGAUCAGUGACGACAGCACAUUCUGGGACAUGGAAGCCAGCAAAGAGCCGAGCCAGCAGCGUGUGAGGAGGUGGGGAUUCUCCUUCGAUGAAGUGCUCAAGGAUCCUGCAGGACGCGAACAAUUUCUGAAGUUCGUCGAGUCUGAGUUUAGCUCCGAGAAUCUGAGAUUUUGGUUAGCCGCAGAAGACUUGAAGAAGCGUCCACUUCAAGAAGUUCCAGAUAAGGUUCAAGAAACCUGGCAAGAAUUUCUUGCUCCCGGGGCACCAAGUGCGAUCAACCUGGAUUCCCAUUCGUAUGAGAUCACCAGCCAGAAUGUCAAAGAUCCCGGGAGGUAUACUUUUGAAGAUGCGCAGGAACACAUCUACAAGCUGAUGAAAAGCGACAGCUAUGCUCGCUUUCUGCGUUCCAAUGGCUAUCAAGAACUCUUACAAGCAAAGAGGAAGCUUGAGAACGAACAGGGCCGCAGAACGUCGCUGGAAAAGUUCACUCGCAGUGUGGGCAAAUCUCUGACUGGCAAGCGGCUUACGGGUCUCAUGCAGUCUUCCUGACACCAAUCCACACUCGCCAGUUGGAAUGAAGUGAGAAGUGGCAUGUACCUAUACUCCUGGAAGUUACCAUGUAAAGGAGCCCACCGCAAGGAGUUUUACUGUACAACUCGACAACGGAACAUUUUAAUCAAUCUUCAAUGUGGAAUGAAUUUGAGCUACCACAGAUGAAUCAAAAUGUCACCUUUUUUUUAUUAAGGAACAAUAAAAUUAGACUAGUCCCAGGCACAAGGAAGCAUAUAUUGAUUUUCUGGCUGUCAGUGAAACUACCAUAUCUGACCUCCUGGAUACGUUAACGGGGGAAUGCCUGUGAAUUCUUGGAAUCCAGUUGUAUCCAAUUGUCCACAAGUGAGUGGAGAAUAUUAGGAAGAGGUUUAUAAAUUGCAAGCAAGCCCAGUAGCUGCAUAUUUUGAAAGUCUUUUGCCAGAGGGGAAACAGGUUGAUGUAUCUUUAGGCAAUAACCUACUCAGACUCUCUGAGCUUCACGUUCACUUCAGCCAGUUAUAGGUCUUCCAUUUUUCUCAUUUGUGCACCUUAGAGUAUUUGAUGCACCUUGUAUAACCUAGAAGGGGCUGGUAGUUUUGCUGACUGACUAUAGUGAAACAGAUGAUGCAACAGUGUGGGAAAUGACUUCACAUCAUUGUGUAAGUUAGUUUUAAACUCAUAUUUAAUUAAAGAAAACCUCGUAAUUUUUUUAACUUGGUGUACAGACACCACAUUAGAUGUAUCGCCAUUAUCCUUUGGACAUUGUGAUGUUAAUAACAGACUGAGACAGGGCUAAGCUGGUACAAUGUACUGGUAAGACAGAGGCCAAAACUUUGUCAGUGAUAUCACCUUACAGGUAUGAAACGUAAGCUACUUUCACUCAUAAACUUAGCAACCUCAGAGGAAGAAUGGCUCAGUGAAAAUACAUCUUGUCCAGUGUUAAUUCUUCAAUUGACUUCACUCCAGUAUAUUUAACUUGUCAUGUGUCUUAUUGUUGUUUGUUAGAUCCUGCUAUGUGUAAAUUGGUUGUUAUUCUUGCUGUCAUAAUAAUCUUUACAAUUCAAAAGUACUUCAUUGCCUGUGAAAUUCUUUGAGGUGCUCAGACAAUGUGUAGGAAGCUAAAUAAACACCUCCUGGUUCUUGUCAAGUUAUGCCUAUAAAAGACAAGAGGAUGGACGUUGCACUGCACAAAAAGAGAAUUUGAAUUUAAGUGAAUUAAUUUGACUUAUGUAAUGUUACUUACAUAAAUUGCCAACAGAGUGGGUGGGUGCCAGGAACAUAGUGGGGAAUUUGAAGAGCUUGGGAGAGAGAAUAAAUAAGAAGGAGAAUGAAGACACAAUAAUUUGCAGAUGUUAUAAUCUGGAUCCAGAUCAGUGCUGGAAAAACUCAAUGAAUCAAUCAGCUUCUGUGGAGGCAGAGGAAUAGUCAGCAUUUUGGGUAAAGCACCUGGACUGGGAAAUGGGAUUACUCUAAGAGUUGGCAUAGACUCAAUGGACAAAAUGGCCUCAUUCUAGGAGAGUAAAUAAGAAGACUUAUUUGGACCAUGCUGUUAUUUAGGAUCUGUUUGAGCCAUAUCCCACUCUUCACCAUCUAAUCCCAUCUAGAUCUCGAUCUGAUAGACACAAACUGUUGGAGUAAUUCAGCUGGUCCGGCAGCAUCUCUGGGGAAUAAGAUGAGUGACAUUUUGGGUCAGGACACUUCUUAAACGUCACGCAUCCUUUUUCUCCAGAGAUGUUGCCUGACCUGCUGAGUUAUUCCAAGGGUUUGUGUCUAUCUUUGGUAUAAGCCUGCACCUGCAGUUAUUUGUUUCCACUCUAUAGCUCCAUCUGAUUCUCUUUCCCUCUAACUUUGCUUUGAAUUCUUCCCUGAUUUUCUCCUCAAACACCCGUUGUAAUAAACCAUUCAUAUUCAAACCAGUAUCUGGGUCAUGACGCUUCUCUAUAAUAAUAGACUUAAAGACAUGAAGUCACACAGCACCAGACCUUUUGACCCAGCUCAUGUCUGCUGUCCUUGAUGUUAUCUGAGCUUGCCUAGGUUCUGCCCAUAUCACUCUAAGCCUGUCGAAAUGCCCUUUAAAAGUUGUAAUUGUGCCAGGCUCGGCAGAUUUCUCUGGCAGCCCGUUCCAUAUAUCCAGCACUCUCUGCCCCUCUGGUCCCUGUUAAAACAUUUCCUCUCACCUUAAACCAAUCCCCUCUAGUUUUAGAUUCUCCUACCCUUGGAAAAAGACUGUGGCCAUCCACCUUUUACUGUACCCUUUAUGAAAUGAUGUACCUCUAUAAAGUCAUCCCUUUAUAGAGGCACAUCAAGCUCCAGUGAAAAUGAUUCCAGCCUAACCAGCUUCUUAUGACUCAAGCCAUCUAGUCCCAGUAAUAUCAUUGUGAAUCUUCUCUGCACCCUCUUCAGCUUAAUGGCAUCUUUCCUAAAGCUGGGCGGUCAGAACUGCACACUCCAAAUAUGGUCUCAUGAGCGACAUGUACAUUUGCAACAUGAUGUCUCAACUUGUGCUAAAAGCCUGACCAAUGAUUCUAUAAUGAAUUUAUUAAUAAUAAUUUUGGUCAUUUAAUCACCAUUAAGCAUCCAAGAAUACUAAGUCCUGAAAUGGAAUGCAAUAGCAACCAUUUCUACCUCAAAUAGAACUGCUCCAGAUAUUCAUUUGGGUAUUAGCAGGAUUGACCUUGCACUAAUGGCAUGAUUUCUGUAUUAGAUCCAUGCAGGGUAAUAUUAUUUGCCAUUCAAAGAAAUUGGGCCACAUUGUUCCAAGGAGUACAGGAAAAGAUUUAUGAAGUAGUUGCCAGGACUUGCGGGCCCUAUAGAGGUUGGGCAGGCUAGGACUUGUUUCUUUGAAACACAGGAGUAUGAGGGGUGAUCUUGUAGAGGUGUGCAAGACCAUGAGAGGAAUAAAUGGGGAACAUGCACAGGGUCUUUUACCCAGAGCAGGGGAAUCAACAACCAGAGGACAUAGGUCUAAGGUGAGAGGGGAAAUAUUUAAAUGGACCCCGAGGGGCAACGUGCAUGAUGCUAAAUAAGCACCUCCUGGUUUGUGUGAAAGUUUUACCUGUAGAGCGCAAGAGGACGGAAGUUGCGCUGCACAAAAAAAUAAUUCGAAUUUAAGUGAAUUAUAUUGACUUACAGUAUGUACCAUUUCUUUUGUAAAUUGUCUCUAGAGUGGGUAGGUGGCAGGAACAUAAUGGGGAAUUUGAUGAGUUUAUGAGAGAGAAUAAAUAAGAAAGAAAAUGGAGACACAAGAAACUGCAGAAAAUCAAAGUGCUGGAAGAACUCAAUGGGCAGGCAGCAUCUGUGGAGGCAGAAGAAUAGGCAACGUUUUGGGUCAAGACCCUGCAUCUGGAUGGGGAAAUGGCAAUACACUAAGAGUUGCCAUAUAUUUAAUGGACAUAAUGGCAUCAUUUUUGGAGAUAAAAUGAAAUUAAUUGGACCAUGCUGUUAUUUAUGAUCAGUUUGAGCCAUAUCCCACUCCUCAUUGUCCAACCCCAUCUAGAGCUCCAGCUGAUUUUAUUUCCCUCUAACUUUGCUUUGAAUUCUUCUCUGUUUUUCUGCUCAUUCACUCCUUGUAAGAACCCAUUCAUAUUUACGGAGGGUUGUGGAUACAUGCAACGAGCUGCCACAGGAGAUAGUUGGUACAAUUGCAACUUUGUACUUUUAAAAUACAUUUGGACAUGAACAAGGAUUGGAAAGGUUUAGUGGGAUAAAGACCAAACGCAGGCAGGUGGAACUAGUGUAGAUGGGUCAUCUUGCUUAGCAUGGGCAAGUUGGGCCAAAGGGCCUGAUUCCGUGCUUUAUGACUAUGAGUAACCAUCAUUGGUCACUCCCAGAACAACCACAAUAUUGUUGAAUCUACAAGUGCAAGAGGUCUUCCAGAGUAUGUUUCCAGCCCUCAGCCAGCCAUCCAUUCUCUUAGCUCACUUCUUUGCAACUUAGCUACUCUUAUCACAUUUCCUCCCACCCCUCUACUGCACAAACCACCUCAACUUCCCAAUCCCUGGACUCCUCGGCUACAUCAAACCAGCCCCUGAUCUCCCAAAUCUGCUGCAGCAGCAAUCGGUCUCCUAUCCCAAUCAUCUCUGCCCAAUCAUUGGCCCUCUCUCCCCAUGAACACAUGAAUUUGCAUUAAAUUGCAUCUGUAUUACUUUUACAGACUCUGCAACAUGUAAAGAAAUGUGUCUACCAAACAUCAGUAGCCUGAGCAUUGCUGACAUACAUUCUAUUGGAGUGGACCCACUGUAGAACUGUUGGCAAGGCUGGCAUUUAUUGUCCAUCUUUUAUUGAUCUUGAGUCAAUGGUGACUUCUUGCUCUGCUAUAAUCCUUCAACUGAAUCAGACCGGGUGAAGUAUGUCAUCCAAUAAUCCAUUACAGCCCUUUACAAACCAUUAAAUAAUUCCCGUACCCGUAAAUGUUGAAGCCAUUGGUUUUGGGUUCCCUUGCAGGUAGAAUCCUUUCCAUCUACUCCAUCAUAAUUUUAAACAUCUCUAUCGGGCCACCCCAAGCUUUCUCCUUGGUUUGAGAAUCUUCACCCUCCUUGAUCUGUUCUGUUAGGUACAACUUCUCAGUUUGAACAUCAUAUUUGCAAUAUUCUUUUUCACAUUCUCUCCAUUGCUUCUGUUUGCUUUCUACAUUAUAGCUACCAGGGAUGUUCACUGUACUCCUGUUAAGUUCCAACACAUUUAACCUAAUAUCUCUGCGUUCCAAUUGUGUUCCUUUAGAAAUUAAUCAAUGUAUUUUGUACUUUUAUGGCCUUAUUGCUAACUUGCUGGUUGCUUUGAUUAGUUAAUCUUUCUAUCUUAAUUACCUUGUUCAUAUAUGGACACUUACCUUCUAAGAAGCACAUGGCAACCUAUGGAUGUCCAUUCUUAAUGUUUAUUACCAACUCAUUGGUGUUUGAUGCAGUUUUCUUUGGUUUUCAGUCAACCUCCCCAUUUGCCACCACCUGUAUAUUUUGAAACUGUGCUUCUGAUUCCCAAGUCUAAACUCUGUAAUUAAUUUAUGAAUGUGUUUAUGGAGAGCACAUCAUUAGGAGACCAUCAGCUAUUGUCCAUUGCAAAUUGCCCUUAUAAGUUGAUGGUGAGCCUUCUUCUUAAACUCCUGCAGCAUUUCUAGUGAAAAAGGUCCCACCAUGCUGCUGGGUAAAGUUUCAGGAUUUAGACCCAGCAAUGAUAGAACAUAGAACAUAGACAAGUACAGCACAGGAACAGGCCCUUCAGGCCACAAUAUCUGUGUCAAACAUGAUACUGUGGUGGUCCCUGGGGAUUAGGCCACUUCUUGGGUCAUCCCCCUCGGCUCUUGAGGGACAGGGACAAUUGUCUGUCCACGGGGUUCCCCGGUUCCUGGUGAGAGGGCGUUCUGUGUGUUUGCCAGUGUAUUUCAUUCAAUGACAUCAGAACCUGCCUGGUGUCUGGCCUUUUCCAGGCUACUACAAUACCAAGUUAAACUAACCCUAUCAGCUUGCACAUGAUCCAUAUCCCUCCAUUCCCUACAUAUCCAUAAGCACGUCUAAAAGCCUGUUAAACGCCACCAUUGUAUCUGCCUCCCCCUCCACCCCGGCAGUGCAUUCCAGGCACACACCAGUCACUCUAUUAGAAACUUUCUCCAAACUUUAAAGUUUUUUCUUUAUACCUUACCCCCCUCCCCUUAAAUCUAUGCCCUGUAGGCAUUGCUAUUUCCACCUGAUGAAGAUUUUCAGCAGAGAAGAACCAUAAGACCAUAAGGCAUAGGAGCAGAAUUAAGCCAUUUGGCCCUUCAAGUCUACUCCGCUAUUCAAUCAUGCCUGAUCUAUUUGUCUCUCUCAACCACAUUAUCUUGCUUCUCCCCAUAACCUUACUAAUCAAAAAUCCUAUCAAUCUCCUCUUUGAAAAUACCUGAAUAUCUUGGCCUCCGCAGCCUUCUUUGGUAAUGAUUUCCACAGAUUCACCACCCUCUGGCUGAAGCGAUUUCUCCACAUCUCCAUUCUAAAGUUCUGUACUUUUAUUCUAAGGCUGUGUCCUCUGGUUCUAGACUCUCCCUCUAAUGGAAACAUCUUUCCACAUCCACUCUAUCUAGGCCUUUUAUUAUCCAGCAGGUUUCAAUGGGACCCCCCCCUCCAUAUCUAUAAACUACA